AUGGUGGUCAAUUGUGAAGAAGGAUGCAAUUAUCAUUUGAGGUUUAGUAAGAGGGCUGGAAAUCAGUUUUGGCAAAUCACCUCCUUGUAUGAAGAACAUGCUUGUGCUAGGACUGCUUAUAAUAGGCAAUCAAAGACUGGAUGGCUGGCAAAGCAGUUUGUCCACAUUCUUAGACAUACUCCUAAUAUGAAACCAGCUGGGUUGAUAGCUAUAUCAAUUGAAAGAUGGGGUGUGAAGCUGUCAACAGACCAGGCAUAUAGAGCUAAGAGAAAAGCUGUGGAAUUGUUACAAGGUGCUGGGAGGGAUCAGUUCACACAUCUAAGGAGCUAUGCACAAGAACUCUUGAAUUCUAACCCCAACAGCAAUGUUAUUUUAAAGUGUAGUGAUUCAAGUAAUGGGCCUGUAUUUGAAAGAGUAUAUGUCUGUUUGAAUGGAUGUAAAGUUGCUUUUGCAAAAUUCUGUAGACCUUUAAUAGGUCUGGAUACAUGCUUUUUGAAAGGUGACUAUGGUGGACAAUUGAUGGCAGCAGUUGGGAGUGAUGGGAAUAACCAAAUAUUUUCCAUUGCAUAUGUUGUUGUAGAGGCUGAGACCAAGGAUUCUUGGGAAUGGUUUAUAAAUCUUCUCCUUGAAGACUUGCAGUCAGUUAACAAGCUUUCAUAUGCCUUUAUCUCAGAUCAACAAAAGGGACUUGUACCAGCUGGUCAAGGAAUAAGUGAACAUGUUGAGCAGAGGUUGUGUGUAAAGCAUUUAUAUGGAAAUUGGAAGAAGAAAUUUUCAGGUUUGGUUUUGAAGGAGGUCUUUUGGAGUGCAGCAAGGGCUACUACCAUUCCAGAAUGGGAGAGAGCAAUGAUUAGGCUUAAAGCAUUGAAUGAAGAGGCUUGGAAAUAUAUUAAGGAAAUACCUGCAAAAUUUUAA